CAAGAAGCUAUGGAUGUGAGGCCUAGAGUUUUCCAGGAUUUUAAGGAGCAACAUGUGUUUAUGAAAGACUAGAGGGAUGUUCAAGAAGAUCAACAAUGUGUUUCGGCCCAACCACCACGCUAACAGGAGCCGCGAUGCUCAAGGAAGGGGGCCCCGCUCUGAGCAGGACUACCACAGCGCCUGCACCGUCCGGCUGGUGCGCAGUACGUCCAUGCUCGUGGUGGGGGAAAGGACUCAAACUGUAGGGUCCACCUUAAAGAGGAGCAAAAGCACCAUGAGUAUCCAGUCCACGCUGUACCUGUAUCAGAGAGAGGAGGACCGUAUCUGGCUCUACUCACAGAACCAAAACUGUCUGGAGUAUCUGGAGGCACUGGUGGCUCUCAGAAGGCAGUACAUCAAGAAAGUAACAGACCUCAAGAGCCAAGAAGCAAAUGAGAAGGCCACAAUCUCCAACAAGAAAAGAUCUGCACCCCCUCCUCCUAAGAGAGAAGAAGAGAGAGCCAGAGCCAAGCCCUCUGCCCCCCCAGUGCCCAGUGAGGAGGAUACCCUGCAGUUCCUGGAUGCCAUUAUUGCCAGCUGUGAUGAUGAGCCUGUCCGCAAACCAUACAUGGAUGAUGGACAUGCAGAUGUGGACUUUAUAGUGGCGUCCAGCUCAGCAGAACAUGACCUCCACUCAAACUGGUCUCUGCGUGUGCCCCGAGGGCCAGGGGGCAGUAAUCAGACUGAAGCAGAUCAACCCUGUGCCAACAACAAAAGUGUCUUAAAGAAGAAGAGUUCUAGUGGUUCCACCAGCAGCAGACUGCAGCUCCAGAGGAACCCCAUCCACCUGCCUAAAGUGGUGCAGAGCGCCUUCCAGACCAUGAGGCUCAAGCCCAGGUUAAAGAAGCAGUGA